AUGGAGGCGGCGCAGGCGUCCAGCAGCGCGGGCGGCGGCGGCGCCGGCGCAACGCCGCGCACCCACCUGUGCACCAGCCUGGUGGCCCCCACUGUGGAAGGCAUGCUGGCGGAGGCCCAGGAAGCGGAGCAGAAUGGCGCCGACAUUGUGGAGCUGCGCCUGGACUACCUGCAGCAGUUUGCGCCGGAGGCCGACCUGUCGCGCCUGCUGCAGGCCUGCCCGCUGCCCGCCAUUGUCACCUACCGCCCCACCUGGGAGGGCGGCAAGUACGACGGCCCCGAGCCGCAGCGGCUGGCGGCGCUGCGCCUGGCGGCCCUGAGCGGCGCUGCAUACGUGGAUGUGGAGCUCAAGGUGGCGCCCGCUUUCUUCGCAGGCACGCAGCCCUGGGCUGGGGGCGCGGUCAUCGUGUCAUCCCACGACUAUGAGCGCACCGCCAGCGAGGAGGAGCUGAUGGCGCUGGUGGAGAGGUGCCACGGCGCGGGCGCCGACAUUGUCAAGUUUGCCACCAUGGCCAACGACAUCACAGACGCCCACCGCGUGCUGUCGGUGCUGCGGCGCUGCCCCGUGCCGUGCAUCGCGCUGGCCAUGGGCGAGCGCGGCCAGAUCAGCCGCCUGCUGGCGCCCAAGUACGGAGGCUUCCUCACCUUUGGCGCCCUCAGCCCGGACCGCGCCUCGGCCCCCGGCCAGCCCACCCUGCAGCAGCUGAGCGGCAUGUACGGGCUGAAGCAGCAGCGGCGGGACACGGCGGUGCUAGGCAUCGUGGGCAACCCCGUCAGCCACAGCCGCAGCCCCGCCAUCCACAACGCGGCGCUGCGCCAGGCGGGCCUCAACGGCGUGUAUGUGCCGCUACUGGUGGACGACAUGCCGUCCUUCCUGGCCACAUUCACAGGUGAGGACGAGACGCCGGUGCCGGCGACGGCGCUGGGCGGAUACCGCCUCGUGUUUGACGCGGUCUACACCCCGCUGCACACGCGCCUGCUCAGGGACGCGGCGACGGCGGGGUGCGCUGUGGUCACGGGGGACACCAUGUUUGUGGGGCAGGCGGCAGACCAGUUCCGGCUGUUCACAGGGGUGGAGGCGCCUGUGGAGCUGAUGAGAAGCGUGGUCCUGGACAGCCUGAAGCAGUAG